AUGAACACAGAAAGACCAGAAGAAGAAAACAUGCUACCCAAGGCAACUGUGGACAGGAUGGUUGCAUCAAUCCUUCCAAAAAGCUCGAUUGUUCCAAAGGAAUCAAAAGAGAUGUUUCAGAACGGAUGCAUCUGCUUCCUGAACAUGUUGACACUGGAGGCAAACAAAGUCUGUGAGGAGGAGAAGAAAAAAACCAUGAGCCAUGAGCACAUCUACAAGGCAUUGAAAAACCUUGGGUUUGAAAGCUACAUUGAAGAAUGCAUAAAGGAGCAUCGGAACUAUGAAAACUAUAUCAAGCAGAAGCCUUCAAAGAUUGACAAGCUCAAGGAUUCAGGCUUGAGCAUGGAGGAGCUGCAUGACCAGCAGGAAAAGCUCUUCAAAAUUGCAAAGAUCGAGCUUGCAAAGUCGUUUGAGGAUGAUCCGUGUAAUGACAGCAACGGCAGCGAGAGGGAGGAUGAUAUCGAAUAG